GCACGGAGACUCCGUACUGAGAUUCUUUUGUUCUGGAGAUACGGAUUAUUGGUAGAACAUUUUGUUAUUUUCUCGGUUUACAUCUGAAGGAAAUAUACUAUUCUCAUAACGGAUUAUAUGGUGCUUGUUGCUUCAUGUUGAAGGGAAAAUGUCUGACAGAACAAUGACACGGCAAGUACUGUUAUUUAUCUCGGUCCUCUCUCUCAGUUCAGUGCACGGGCAGGUCAGUUACUCCAUUCCCGAGGAAAUGGCGAAAGGCUCUUUAGUCGGUAACAUAACGCAGGAUUUAGGUUUAGAUAUCAAUAGACUGAAAUCAGGUAAAGCUCGUAUUUAUACUGGAGACAGCGCAGAAUACAUCGAGCUGAAUAAAGAAAGGGGAGUUCUCCUUAUCAAAGAGAGAAUAGACCGUGAAGCGCUCUGCGGACAGACGACGCCUUGCGCACUACAUUUUCAGAUUAUUCUGGAGAACCCGAUGGAAUUUUAUAGUAUUACCGUUGAAAUAACAGAUAUUAAUGAUAAUGCGCCCAGUUUCGAAAAAAAUGAAAUGAAAUUCAAAAUCAGUGAGUCUGCUGUGACAGGGGCUAAAUUCUUAUUAGAGAGGGCAAUGGAUUCGGAUGUUGGCGUUAACGGCCUACAGAGCUAUUCCCUUACGCAAACCGACCAUUUUUCCCUAAAAAUAAAAGAUCAGCCAGAUGGAGGGAAAAUUGUUGAAAUGGUUCUACAGAAGCCUCUCGAUCGAGAAAAAGAGGAGGAAAUGUCCCUUGUAUUAACAGCUGUGGAUGGGGGCGAUUCUCAGAUGUCUGGGACUGCACAGAUCCAUAUCACUGUGCUGGACGCCAACGACAAUGCCCCUGUCUUUACACAGCCAAUAUACAAGGCUACCAUUACUGAGAAUGUCCCUAAAGGAUCAGUUGUAACUGCAGUAAGCGCCUUUGACGCUGAUAAAGGCGCACAUUCUAAGAUAACAUAUUCAAUUUCAAACACAAUUGCUGAUGUGCGAGACAUUUUUGAAAUCAAUGAAUUCGACGGACAUUUGAAAGUAAAAGAAAAUGUUGAUUAUGAAAAGGCCCGUCACUAUCAGAUACAUGUUCAGGCCAGUGAUGACGGAGGGCUGACUGAUUCGUGUAAAAUAAUUCUGGACGUCAUUGAUAUAAAUGACAACAAACCAGCUAUUAAUAUUAUGUCAAAGACUAACGUCAUAACAGAAGAUUCUAAACCCGGUACUGUAGUAACUAUGAUUAAUGUACAAGACCCAGACUCAGGUGAAAAUGGUAAAGUCCAGUGUUCGAUAAACGACAAUAUUCCAUUUACAAUCAAAUCAACGACAAAUCAUUUCUUUACUUUAGUAACAGACAGUGACUUGGACCGAGAGAGAGCCCCUGAAUAUAACAUCAGUGUGACGUGCUCUGAUGAGGGAGUGCCCUCUCUCUCCAGCAGCGUCACUCUCACCUUACAGAUAUCAGAUGUGAAUGACAACGCGCCUGUCUUUGAGAGGAGCUCAUAUGAGGCCUACAUUAUAGAAAACAACACACCGGGCCUCUCUAUAUUCACAGUGAAAGCCAGAGACGCUGACUGGAACCAGAAUGCCCGUGUUUCUUACAUACUGGAGGAGUCCUCGGUUAACGGAGUGCCCGUCUCAUCAUAUGUGUCCGUUAGUGCUGAUAGUGGAGUCGUCCAUUCAGUGCGCUCUUUUGACUACGAGCAGAUCAAGGAUUUCCAGUUCCGCGUAAAAGCGCAGGAUGGAGGCUCUCCUCCUCUCAGUAGCAAUGUGACUGUGAAAAUAAUGAUCCAGGACCAGAAUGACAACGCUCCUCAGGUUCUGUACCCAGUCCAGACUAGUAACUCUCUGGUGGCUGAAAUGGUGCCUCGUUCAGCAGAUGUGGGCUAUCUUGUCACUAAAGUGGUGGCUGUUGACGUGGACUCUGGACAGAAUGCCUGGCUCUCGUAUAAACUGCAGAAAGCGACAGACAGGGCGCUGUUUGAAGUGGGCUCACAGAAUGGAGAAAUAAGAACUAUACGCCAAGUAACUGAUAAAGAUGCUGUGAAACAAAGGCUCACUGUUGUAGUAGAGGACAACGGGCAGCCCUCUCGUUCAGCUACAGUCAAUGUUAACGUGGCGGUUGCGGACAGCUUCCCUGAAGUGCUCUCAGAGUUCACUGACUUUACGCACGACGUGGAGUACAAUGACAACCUGACGUUUUACUUAAUAUUGGCUUUGGCUGUAGUCUCCUUUCUCUUUAUCGUAUCCAUCAUAGCCAUACUGUCAGUGAAAUGCUACAGAUGGAGACACGAGCAGAUGUUUUACAAAUCCAAUGGGAAUCUCCCAGUUAUUCCGUAUUACCCGCCCCUUUACGCAGACGUGGGAGGCACAGGAACUCUGAGACAGGUGUAUAAUUACGAUGUGUGUGGAACGACUGACUCCAGAACGAGUGAUAUGAAAUACGCCAGACCUUACAGUCAGAGCAUCAUUAGUCUGGACGGAACACAGACACUCCCCCACGCGCAGAGGGACACGCUGAUCAAUGACGGUUCAGACAGUCAGAUAUCAGAUGUGAAUGACAACGCGCCUGUCUUUGAGAGGAGCUCAUAUGAGGCCUACAUUAUAGAAAACAACACACCGGGCCUCUCUAUAUUCACAGUGAAAGCCAGAGACGCUGACUGGAACCAGAAUGCCCGUGUUUCUUACAUACUGGAGGAGUCCUCGGUUAACGGAGUGCCCGUCUCAUCAUAUGUGUCCGUUAGUGCUGAUAGUGGAGUCGUCCAUUCAGUGCGCUCUUUUGACUACGAGCAAAUAAAAGAGUUCCAAAUUCGCGUAAAAGCGCAGGAUGGAGGCUCCCCUCCUCUCAGUAGCAAUGUGACUGUGAAAAUAAUGAUUCAGGACCAGAACGACAACGCGCCGCAGGUUCUGUACCCAGUCCAGACUAGCAACUCUCUGGUGUCUGAAAUGGUGCCUCGUUCAGCAGAUGUGGGCUAUCUUGUCACUAAAGUGGUGGCUGUUGAUGUGGACUCUGGACAGAAUGCCUGGCUCUCGUAUAAACUGCAGAAAGCGACAGACAGGGCGCUGUUUGAAGUGGGCUUACAGAAUGGAGAAAUAAGAACUAUACGUCAAGUCAAUGAUAAAGAUGCUGUGAAACAAAGGCUCACUGUUGUAGUGGAGGACAACGGGCAGCCCUCUCGUUCAGCUACAGUCAAUGUUAACGUGGCGGUGGCGGACAGCUUCCUUGAAGUGCUCUCGGAGUUCACUGACUUUACGCACGACAAGGACACCGCUGACAUGGUCAGCGGCUUUUUCACAGAGGACAUGUAA